CUUGCAACUUCCCCGCAAGAGGACGGCUGUCACACCGCAGCUGCCCCCGCCAAGAAAAGCGCUCGCUUCGCGAUGGCGCCGAACGUGACGACUCUGACGCUGCUGGGCAUGACGGAGACGGAUAGUCGGCCGGGGAUGCGUGCGCUGGAGAAGCGCUCGCCUCCAGAGGCCGAGCCGGAGAAGCUGCCGCCUCCAGAACCAGAGCCGGAAGAGCUGGAGCUGGAUCCUACACCGAACUACGAGUGGCGCAUUGUCUGGCGCAACGUCAUCGCCUUCGUCUACCUGCACACCGCAUCGCUGUACGGGCUCUAUCUUGCCAUCACCACAGCCAAGCUGCUCACUGUUUUCUGGGUGUACUUACUGGGCGGGCUGGCGGGCAUGGGCGUGACGGCGGGGGCGCACCGGCUGUGGGCCCACCGCUCCUACAAGGCCAAGUGGCCGCUCCGCCUGCUGCUCGUCAUCUGCAACACCGUCGCCUUCCAGAACCACAUCUAUGAGUGGGUGCGUGACCACCGGGUGCACCACAAGUUCACGGACACGGAUGCGGACCCGCACAACUCGAGUCGCGGCUUCUUCUUCUCGCACAUCGGCUGGCUGAUGGUCCGCAAGCAUCCUGACGUGAGCGAGAAGGGCAAAAAAGUGGAUAUGUCGGACCUGGAACGGGAUCCCCUCGUCAUGUGGCAGAAGAGGUGGUACCUCUUCAUCAUGCCGUUGUUCUGCUUCGUGCUGCCCGCCUGGAUCCCGGUGCGUGUGUGGGGCGAGGACCCCUGGGUGUCGUGGCACGUAGCUGCUAUCUUCCGCUACACGCUGUCCCUCAACUGCACGUGGCUCGUCAACAGCGCCGCACACAUCUGGGGAGUCAAGCCAUACGACAGGAACAUGAGCCCAGUGGAGAGCGUCCCGGUGGCAGUGGCGGCGUUCGGCGAGGGCUGGCACAACUACCACCACGUCUUCCCGUGGGACUACAAGGCGGCCGAGCUGGGCAACUACCGGCUCAACUUCACGACGGCGUUCAUCGACUUCUUCGCGUGGCUCGGCUGGGCGUACGACCUGAAGACGGUGCCGGAGCGCAUGGCGCUGAGCCGCGCGGCGCGCUGCGGCGACGGCAGCCACCCGCGGCUGCAGCGCCGCAAGUCGCACAGCGCGCAGCCCGCCAUCUGGGGCUGGGGGGACCCCGACAUGCCGACCGAAGAGGUGCGAGACGCCGAAGUCGCGCGGCAAGCGCUCUGAGCCGCCUCCAGAACGCACCGCGACCGCUACGCCGACGUCCCUGCGUGCGGGGGUCUCGUAUCGUGUGGUGGGCGAAGAAAGUGUUCGACACGCUUCCCCAGUCUCAAACCAGCUCCCAGAUUUUAUGGUGUUUUGUUUUGGUGUCAGCUGUCAUACGAACGAGUUUAUUCUGUGAUGCCACGCUCACGUAUUACGCUUCCCCCUUUCUUGCAACUUCCCCUGCUUAAGUAAGAAAAUUCGUGAUAGGUUAUUGGGUUUAUGUUGACUUGAAUUUUAGUGUGGCACUGCACGAAUGGGGAAUUGGAUUUAUCCUUUCUGCGCGAUUUUCGCUUCUGUUAGCCCUAAGCAGACAUUAUAUUCGCUCCGUUUGUGGCCUGUCUUGUAAACGAACAGGACUGGAUUUACAUACGGUGGCGGCGGCGUCCUAGAGACUUUUUCCGUGUCUCUCAUUCGGUUCUCGAUUUUAGACGUUUUUAGUUUUCGUAGCCUUUUUUUUCUUUACAAAAUUAGUACUCCACGCUACAAAAAGUGCAAUCGGUAACGGAAUUACUAAAUUAGCUGGAACGGCAUUUCUCUUUUCCCUGUUCAAUUGUACAUUUUUUUUAAUUUGCUUUCGGUCUGUGCCCAUUCAGCCAUUAAAAGACAAAACAACAGCUUAUUGGGGACGAUUUUCUUGUCAGUUACGACGAUAUGAAUGUAAUUAAGCACGACGCUCAGCUUUCGAGCUGAGAAAUUCUUCAAACCGGCUAGGAAUCGAACCCAGGUCCCUCGGUUCAUAAUCUGCCGCGUUGAUGGCGCAGCUACUGACGCGAACUGUUCAAGAGUUCGUUUCGUAUUUUGAUCGCGAAUUAGCUUCUUCACGGCGCUCAUUAUCGUGUCAGAUAGACUACUUUUAUUUAAAAAAAAAAAAAAAGAAGAUUAUUAGCUAACCCUCGCAACGAUGAUAAGCGACAGCCAGAACGUUCACCGCUUGUACACAAAUUGAUGGGAAACACAGCUAUACAAAUCGACCACCAAAGCAAUCAAAAUUAGUCGAUACGACGCGCAGCUAUACUGCAAUCGCCGCCAGCGACAUUAACAAUCACCCUGUAACAUAACUGUGAAGCUACCGAUUAGCCACAGUGGUGUCUACCGAUAGUAAAAGCGUCAGUCGAGAUUUUUCAGCGUCCCCUUUCCUGCGACCUAGACUUGGUACUGCCUGACCACAACGUAAAUCUGGCUCUGGGCAUAGACUUGCUGAGAGCAAUCCUACAAAUUCAGACUAUCGUGGUGCAAUUGGUAAAGUCACCGACACGCUGUUUGACAGUAUGUCGUACUCCCAAAAAUGGUGUUAUGAAUCAAAAGAGUUGGGCAUUCAUAACGUGUGUGUAAUACGGUUUCUGUUUUUACUUUGCUAAUUGAUUUUUCUACAAAUUUCCAGCAUUCUACACAAAUUAUGAAGUAUUUCAUUGUUGUGUUGCAACAUUCACAGGUCACCUUUUGGUUUAAGUGUGUGUUGCUCUUCUGCGCUCUUAAUAAUCUUUACACAAACUGCAGCUAGUCACCAUUACUCGCUCUGUUUCCUCAAAAAAAGAGUUCCAUCAACGAUUAUCAACAACUCAAUUCAAUAUAUCCAUUACAAUGACAUUUCUUAUGUCUCCUUGACAGGAUACUGAUUCAGUUCCUCCCAAAACUCGUACUUAUGAGUUAGAAAUAUUUCAGGGGAAUAACAGUGACUGGUGACUUAACGCGAGCAGUUUAAGCGUACAAAUCAAUUCUCCUAAUUCAUAAAUUAACUUCAAAAUUUUCGCCAAGUAAUACAGAACAUCAGUGGCAUUAAGUGCAGGACCUUGUCGCUUACUUCACGUAAACAAUAACACAUAAAAUGUGGUUGCUGAGCCCUUCGAAGUCAGGAGUGACACUGUGUCAUUCUAAAAUCUCGUUAAUGCUAAGGACAAUGAUUUUUAAAAAAAGCUUUAACUAGUGUCAGACUCUUAGAGAAUUAUGUGUGUUUGUCAUGAAAUGUAGUCGUUGAUAUAGAACAUUUGUUAAUAAUCUUAGUUUGUAGGUUAAGACUUUGACUUAUAGUCUUUCAUUCAUUGUAGCAUCGGGUUCUGUAACAACUCGAGUUAUUUAGAUUCUUAAUGCUUAAUUUUCUCAUCUUCGUAUGACAGCUGUUGUACCAAAUAUCUUCGCCCAUCGUGCCAAGUUAACAAAUUCUUUUUGAAAUUUUCCAGUUGAUGUGAAAGAAUGUUUAAAAUAGCAGUGAAACCGAGAUCUUACCAUAACAUUUCGUCCAGACAUGUAAACUGAAACCCAGUCACAGAAAUAGUACCUUAAUUAGUAAAUAGUAACUUAAAGUUAUUACAUAGCCAUUGCGUUCCAUGACUGCUGAAUGUUUACCUCCGCAACCUGUUGAUCAUUUCAGAUGUGUGAAAUGUUUCGUUACACCGUUGAAAAUAUGUCAUGUAGCUACAGUUCUGCACCUUUCUUCAGCUGAUAAACGCUUCGCCAUACAUAUAUGUAGCUGGCGACUUCCGAUAACUACAUCGGAGCCAGAUUAGUGUGAUAUGCACAUCGUAGUAAGACGCCGUAGUAGACAGCUUUGUUCCCCAGUGGUGGUGGACACACUCCUUAACAAUGGAGUAACGGCCCCCGAGACGGCCGCACUAAUUUUAUUUAUUGUUAGUUGUAGUGAGCACUAAUAUUGCACCUAGAGCCGCGAAACGCUGGCUUCAGGCUCAAUUCUAUGAAUAUAUUUUUGUAUAUAAAAUGUGUUGUGUGUGUAUUAACUUUAUUGCCAAAUAAAGUUUCCAUGUUUUAAGAU